GGUGUUGCUGAAGGAGGUGUCCUACCUGGCCAGACGGUGUGGGUGAGGGCAGUGGGGGGCGAGGUGUUGCUGAAGGAGGUGUCCUACCUGGCCAGACGGUGUGGGUGAGGGCAGUGGGGGCGAGGUGUUGCUGAAGGAGGUGUCCUACCUGGCCAGACGGUGUGGGUGAGGACGGUGGGGGGCGAGGUGUUGCUGAAGGAGGUGUCGUACCUGGCCAGACGGUGUGGGUGAGGACGGUGGGGGGCGAGGUGUUGCUGAAGGAGGUGUCCUACCUGGCCAGACGGUGUGGGUGAGGGCGGUGGGGGGCGAGGUGUUGCUGAAGGAGGUGUCCUACCUGGCCAGACGGUGUGGGUGAGGGCGGUGGGGGGCGAGGUGUUGCUGAAGGAGGUGUCCUACCUGGCCAGACGGUGUGGGUGAGGGCGGUGGGGGGCGAGGUGUUGCUACAUAGGGCCUAUAGUAGAUGAAUCCAGAUCCUUCAAUAAUAAUUCUCUACAUGGGAUGGUUGGAAUACUGGGGCUCAUUAGUAGCCAGGCAGUCAUUUCCAGGCUAUUUAAAUAGUUGCUGGGUUGGUUUUUAGCCUUAUUUGAUACGACCUCACCAUGAUAGCUUGUCAUCUCUUAUCUUUGCUGGCUGGCUGUUGUUUCAGUCUUUCAUCUUUUGUAUUUUGAUAUUUGCGUUUAUUUUUAACCGGUUUGCUGGGGUGAAGGUAGAGCUGUUAUCGAGGCUCCGUCAAUAAACCGUGUAGAGGCUGGCUUUUGUUUUCAUUGGUUUUGCCCAGAGGGAAGACAUUAAGGAUGGAGUCUGUCGUUUGUGCUUGUUAGGGUAGAGAAUAGCUAGUGAUGCCUGCCCACACUGCAUACACGCACGCACGCACACACACACAAACACGUGCGGUCUGUGUGAGGUGCUGCAGUUGUUGCCCAUAGACAAAGCUGACAAUGUAUGGCUUUUACAGCCAAGCCAACCUCUUUUUGUUUGGAGAUGGUUGUCAUUUCUCUCUUCUCGGGCUGACAUGGUGAGACUAAUCUAUAAGUCAUUGAUUUGGUGCUUCUGAAUGAGCAGGAUGGCAAUGAUUAGACAGGAGGUAUCUAUGGGCACAGUUCCCUUUUCAUAUCAAUGGUGGUCACAGUACAUGAACGUUUGUAAUCCCAAGCUUGAUUCCGUCAAGAGGGGAUGUGUGUUUAUUUGAACAGGCUCCACUGAUACAGCUAGGGCCUUUAAUCAUGUCAGAUUGCGCGUGACUGUUUGGUUGGCCAUUUGGAAUGGUACACACACACACACAAACAAACAAACAAAGACACACACACACACACAGUGUCAGCUCAGAGGUAACAGUGGGCCUUAGUGUCAUGGCUGUUGUCACUUUGACUGGCCACCAUGGCAGUGACCCUUGCCCAGAGAGAGAGAGAUAGCUCAGCACUUCCAUUCUUCUCUCAGAGGGUGGUGGGUGCCCCCUCCAUAUUGUGCCAGGCCCUAGGUCCUUAGUCAGCAGGCUUUACAGCAGGCGUACGUGGCAUGAGCCGCUUACCUAGCGGGAACUGCUGAGUAGGGAUACAGGAGUGAGCAUUCUGGACUCCCUCUGUAUGGCUAGUGUGCACUAACAGUAUAGAGCCCCUGUAAAGGGACCUCAUAGGACAAAAUACGGGCACGGCCAUUGUUUAAGUGGCCAGAGGGGCAAAUGUGGUAGCCCUUCUUCACAGGAUGAAUUCAUCCAAAGAGUCACCCCAAAGAUGUUACAAAUUGGAAACCUUACAUGAGUCUGAAUUACGAGUCUGUCUGCUUCCUUCUUGCUGUUGUCUUGCAGUCAGGCCAGGUGAAAGGUAGACCUAUGAAAAAGCAUGGCAUGUUUUUAUUUGUCAAGGGUAGUUGGAAUGCUAUUUUGCUAUGAAGCAGACUACCUUUUUAUCGCGUUGCAUGUGAAAGCACGCGGUCAGUGGUUGUGACAAAUGGUGUGUUAAGUGGGUACAGUACAGCAUUUCUGCUUGUCUCUUAUCUCACAACUGGCUUUGCCACUUUAGCCUUUGUGGUGCUGAUGUCACAACCCUCUGAUCACAGCGUCUAAUCAAUCGCCUGUGUGUGUGUGUGUGUGUGUGUGUGAGGCUAACCACUCUGCCAUAUGUUUGAUUAGCUCAGCAAAUCUUUCCUCUCAUUCAAUUAGCAAGGUAAAGAUAACUUCUUAUCAUGUUCUUUUUGCUUCACGGACAGUUCCUUUGUUUCAUUAGUCCACUGAUGAUACAGUCCCAAAAUGUUUUUCAUGUCAGAAAUGAUGUUUUGAAGAUAUAGAACAUUCAAAAUGCAGAAAGGUUCACAGACGACGUGUGUACAGCAGCUUUAUGUUUUAAUUAGGCCUGUUUUAGAAUUCAACGCCACUGCUAACAUUGUACAGGUUGAUAUCAUUCCAGAGCUAUUAAAAAGUGCAACACCAGCGAAAAUGGAAAAGUAUUCUAAGAAAAACUAUGUUGUGAGAUAUGAGUACAUAAAAACCAUGAUAAUGUACAUCAAUGUUUACCAUUUUGGUGCUGGAACAGUAGCAGGCCACUGAGGCCAGUAGAAGUAGCAUUUUACCAGCUCCACCACUACUGCAUACACAUCCUGUCCUACACACCUUUUCUUCCCUCAGCUCCUCUUCGUGUGUGCUUGGUGGCCGUAGUCUAGACCACACGCAUACAUUUAGCUACACACUCCUGGACACUUCCAUACAUUUAGCUACACACUCCUGGACACUUCCAUACAUUUAGCUACACACUCCUGGACACUUCCAUACAUUUAGCUACACACUCAUGGACACUUCCAUACAUUUAGCUACACACUCCUGGACACUUCCAUACAUUUAGCUACACACUCCUGGACACUUCCAUACAUUUAGCUACACACUCCUGGACACUUCCAUACAUUUAGCUACACACUCCUGGACACUUCCAUACAUUUAGCUACACACUCCUGGACACUUCCAUACAUUUAGCUACACACUCCUGGACACUUCCAUACAUUUAGCUACACACUCCUGGACACUUCCAUACAUUUAGCUACACACUCCUGGACACUUCCAUACAUUUAGCUACACACUCCGGACACUUCCAUACAUUUAGCUACACACUCCUGAUGGAGAGCAUUGUAUUGAAUUGUGUAAUCAUUUACAAACACUUUCCACCAUGCUUUAAUGAGAGAGAGCCUCAAGUAGGACUUGUUGGAAAGAUUGAGUCAAUGAACCGGCGUUUUUCAAAAGGAUUUUCCCACUCCGUGGAGUGUGUGUAGGUCUGGAUCAUUGUGUCUGUGUGCGUGCAGAUAUGUGCUUUUAUGCAUGUGUGUAAUAUUAAUAUUUGGCAUUCUCAACACAAAAUAUUUCUGUGCCUUCACGAUAAACAUGACCUGUCAUCAUGGAUCUGUAUUAAAGUGUGUGUGUCCCAGGUGUGAGCCUCCCACCCCGCACCCCACCACGGCCCUCACCUGUGUGUUGCGGUGCUUCCCCUGCGAGCCGUCCUGGGCCGGCAGCCCCUUCCUGCACCGCCCCCAUACUUCGCCCAGCAACAGCAACGCCGUCGCCCCUGAAACCGCCGCUGUCUCCCAGGCAACUGUCAUCAUGACACGCUCCAAGACCUUCCAGGCCUACCUGCCUAACUGCCACCGCACCUACAGCUGCAUCCACUGUCGAGCACACCUGGCCAACCAUGACGAGCUCAUCUCCAAGUCCUUCCAAGGAAGUCAAGGUCGAGCUUACCUCUUCAACUCAGUGGUGAACGUGGGGUGUGGACCAGCAGAAGAGAGGGUUCUGUUGACAGGGCUUCACGCGGUGGCUGAUAUCUACUGUGAAAACUGUAAAACCACGCUGGGCUGGAAAUACGAGCAUGCCUUUGAGAGCAGUCAGAAGUACAAGGAGGGGAAGUUCAUUAUCGAGCUGGCUCACAUGAUCAAGGACAAUGGCUGGGACUGAGGGGGCUGACCUCACCCCUAAGGUUUACUGCUAGCUCAUCCACAUGACCCUAUUCACCUGACACACCGCUCAUGUACUCCCACAAUACACAGGUGUAAGGGUGUGUGUGCGCAAGUGUGCGUGCAUGUGUGUUUACCAGAAUGAUAAUCUCCAGUCUAAAGCAUAUACAGAUAUGCACAAACACACACACACACAGUUGCACAGAGACGUGUGUUUGUAUUCACUCUGCAUGCUGAAGCUUGUUCCAGGCCUCAGGGUGGACAGGAGCCCACAGGUUAAGGGUUAUAGGUCAUAGGUUAUGGUCUCUCUGGGGGAUGAAUGAGAUGAACAAUGACCAUGGUAAUGGACAGACAAGAAUGGACCCCUCCAACUCCACAAGACCCACUAACCCUACAAUGAGGUGAAAUUCUGUUCAACAUUCCGUUUUUUACCUGCGAUCACCCUCACUACCCUACAUGGAUCCUUCCACAUUAAUGCAUUUUUUGGUUGCUAUGUUUCAGUGGACUCCAUUGAUUUAGGAAUGAGAAUAAUUUUAGAGGAUCUCCAUGAUGGGCAGACUCAUGGAAGACACCAACCAACCAGAAUCACCAGACUUCUUGAAGCCUGAAAUCAUCCAAAACUCCUUUCAACCAAAUCAGCACCUUAUCGUUCGGGAUUGAGUUUGAAACAGAUUGUCAUAAAUCUAAAACUGCUUGAUUGUUCAUCUGAAAAAAAAUCUUUGCUGUUCUUAGUUUUUUUGUUCGAGCAUGUGUUUAAGCUAUGGAUGUAUUUGUUAAUUUAUUUGGUAUUGUUUGGGGACAAUCCCUUUUUCCCCCCUUUGUUAAAAGGCAGUAGCUUUGUUGGUUCCCCCCUCACUUCCAAUGGUAGCAAUCUUAAAAAUGAGGUGUCAUUCAAGUUGUCAUCCUUUUGCCGAUCUGAGUGUGCUAUUACCACCCUCUGUGAAUGUUUUAGUAAUGGCAGUGUGUGCGAGGAACCCAGAGUGCACAAGGUUUACAUGUCAACUGGGUAAAAAGACCAGGGGGAAAAUGUAGCACCCGUAGCUCUUUUCAGUCUCAAAGCAAUGCAGACAUUAUAAAGGUGAUGCAAACUGAUGAGGAAAUUAGGCAUGUGGAGUGCCCCUUUCCUAGACGCUGAUCUGAAGUCAGUGUUGUGUCACCACCCAUCCCUCCCAGAGGUUGAGGUUAGGAUAUGGAGAGGGAAAGCUGAUCCUAGAGCUGUUUAUAAGGGCAACUUCUAACAGGCACCUCACACAGACUGAUGGUUGUGAACUGGUGGUUCUCUGUUUACUUGGGUCUGCAUCCUCCACUGCCUCCUCGCUUUUUGUUUUGUUGUUGAUUUUGAUUUUACAAGAUUUGAGAAUUACGACAUUUAAAAUGGACUUUCUACAGUCUGGAACAGGAGAACCAACCGAAAGCCACAGAAUACCCAAUCAGAGGGUUUCACACGUCCCAGCACAACAACCAAAGACUCCCAUCAACAAUAAGUUGACCAAACAAUGGACCUUGCGGUUGAUUGCUUGUAUCAGGAAGUUGCCGAAUGAAAGAUUGUGAUUGGCCGAGAGCCACUGUCGAACCUUGGCCUUUCUCUGUGAGAUAAUGCAUUGUUUGGUUGCGACAAUUACAAUGUUAAUACCUGUAUAUUCACUAUGAACAUAUGCAUUAUUAUAUAACGAUAAACAGUAUUACACCAUGUAAAUAGCCAUAUUCAAUGUUUUAUUUAUUCAUUUAUUCAGUUGAUUAUUUUAGUCUAUGCUCUACUGUCUGUCUUGGGGCCCCUUGUGGGACAGUUAGAUUUCCUACUUUUUUACUAUUUGGAGAGAAAAAAAAGAAGAAAAAAAAGUAUUUUGCAAAGGAAGGAAAAUUGAUGGCAACACAUGGAGACUCAAUAAAGAUUCUCAUUUGAUCGAUCUGAAA